AUGGCGGCCCACCUGGCACUGUAUGUUUCCCCCAUGAUGGCGGCCCACCUGGCAAUGUGGGUUUUUCCCAUGAUGGCGGCCCACCUGGCACUGUAUGUUUCCCCCAUGAUGGCGGCCCACCUGGCACUGUAUGUUUCCCCCAUGAUGGCGGCCCACCUGGCACUGUAUGUUUCCCCCAUGAUGGCGGCCCACCUGGCAAUAGACGGAUCACCCUUCUUACCUUCUGUUUCAGGGGAUCAACCUGGGGCAGAUUUGGGGCCACUGAUCAGUCCAGGGGCCAAGCAGCGAGUCUGCAGCCUGAUUGAGAGCGGGGUGAAGGAGGGCGCAAAACUGCUGCUCGAUGGUCGAAACAUUACAGUGAAGGGUUAUGAGAAUGGCAACUUCGUGGGCCCUACCAUCCUGGCAGAUGUCACGCCGGACAUGACCUGCUAUAAGGAAGAGAUCUUUGGGCCGGUGCUGGUGGUUCUAGGAGCCGACACUUUGGAUGAUGCUGUCAACAUUGUAAAUAAAAACCCAUAUGGAAAUGGCACUGCCAUCUUUACCACAAAUGGAGCCACAGCACGGAAAUACACCCACACGGUAGAUGUGGGACAGGUCGGUGUGAAUGUGCCCAUCCCGGUGCCCCUGCCUAUGUUCUCUUUCACUGGAUCUCGAGCCUCUUUCAGGGGAGACACCAACUUCUAUGGGAAACAGGGGAUUCACUUUUACACUCAGUUAAAGACAGUGACAUCUCAGUGGAAGGAAGAAGAUGCCACACUAACCAGUCCAGCUGUGGUCAUGCCAACUAUGGGCCGAUAAACUGACCCAGAUUGUUCGCCUCCAUUAUUGGCAUGUGAUUUCCAAUGGAAGGGUCCACUAGGGUGAACUGUGAAUGUAUUAGACUUCCCUUUGCUGGAAGGGGAAUAAAUCACAAAAUCUG